CUUUUCUGUCUGUAUCAGGAUGGCAGCAAACAUCUGCUGCUGUCUUUUUGCCUUUCUCCUGAGCUGUAAAGUCACUGCAGGUUUGAUGCAUGAAGUGGCUGAAGAAGAGCGCUCCGUUGUUCUGAGGUGUCCUCUCUCCGAGGAGCGCAGAGUGACGUGGAGCAGAGAGAGAAAUGACAGCAGAGAGGAGAUCCUGACAGCCGAUGGCGGACGUUUAAUAAGACACGAUGACAUCACCAAGCAGUACACUGCAUACGACGACCUGUCGCUCUACAUUUACAGAGCUGCUGUCUCGCACUCGGGAACCUACUUCUGUGACGAUAAAGCUGCUGUGGCGCUCACAGUGAUCCCGUCAGGAACAAUGAGACUCGCUGUUGUCGGGGGGAGGAACGUCACCCUGAGAUGCCCUCAUGCUGGUCGAAGAUCAGGAAGUCCAUCGUGGAGCAGAAGUUUUGCUGGAAAACAACAGAUAGUCUGCCCUCAUGCUUCCACUGUGGGCCAGAUGUUGAUUAUUCCAGAUGUUCAGCUUGCUGACUCCGGACUGUACCACUGUAAUGGAAAACCAGCUGCUUAUCUAAAAGUGAUCAAGGAGGAGAAAUCUGACAGCGACAGGAAAACAACGCGAACAACACCACCAAAAACAACGACCACUUCACUGACAACAAGAACUGCAGCAACAGCGGCAGCAGCACCUGAGGAAAUCUUAGUUGCUGAUUACCUGUGGCACAUGACUGUCCGCACACUGAUUGGACUGCUCUACUUAAUCAUCAUGAUCAGCAUCACUGCUGUUACCUGGAGGAAAGCUCGACAGAUACAGAAGCGAGACCGCAGCAGAUUCUGAUCUCUGAUGCUCCAUCACACAGAAGCAGGACACCUGUGUUAACUAUAUGCAUCGUAGCUGCUCAUGGAGACUAAAGACAGUGUGGCACAAUAGCAAGCUACUGCUGCUGGGCUCCAGUUUGGUAUAAGUGCCUUGCAGAUUCAGUAUGUACCGUUGUGUCCACAAUUUUAAAUCAUUUGGAAAAAAAUUGGUGUUUUUUUUUUUUUUUUUCUUACAGAUUUUAUUUUGCUGUUUAGCUUCAGUGCGCUGUUGGCUCUGUUGUCAUGGCAAUAACACCAAAUUAUACCAUGUAAAACUCUGAAUAAAAAUAACAAACACA